AUGUCGAAUGUCCUCGUUACCGGUAGCUCCCGCGGCCUUGGCCUGGAAUUGGUGAGGCAGUUGACUGCCCAGCGCACUUCGGAGAAAGCUUUGGUAGUGGCCACAGCUCGUAAGUGCAGUUCCGAACUGCAUGAGGUCAUUUCAGGCGCAAAUGGUACUAUUGUCUUUGUUCCUCUCGAUGUGACGGACGAAAGGACAAUCGCCCAGUCGGCAGAGAGCGUCAGAUCGGCCUUGGGCGACAGAAGUCUUGACAUCUUGAUUAACUGUGCUGGCGUCCACAGUGAGACCCAUGGAAAGAUCACUUCUAUGUCCGAUCUCGAUUUCCAGUUGAAAGUCAACGUGACCGGCACGCAUAACGUCAUUCGGCAUUAUCUCCCACUCAUGCAAAAUAGCACAAGCAAAAAGGUGGUCAAUAUUUCAAGCACAUUCGGAUCCCUGACAAAGGCUCGAGAGGUAUUCUAUGCCCCUUGUCCGGCCUACAAGAUUAGCAAAGCGGCCUUGAAUGCCUUAACGGUACAAUAUGCUCUGUCCUAUGAGGACGAAGGGUUUGUCUUCAUCGCGGUGAACCCAGGAUGGUUGCAAAGUGAUAUGGGUGGGCAGGACGCCGAUCUUACGGUUCCACAGGGCGCAGAGGCUGUUUUGAAUACCAUCAUGGCGGCUAAUAGCCGGGAUAAUGGUUGUUUCAAAAAUAUCUAUGUUCCAGGAUGGGCAAAGAAGUAUGAUGGUGAAAAUGCUCACUGGUGA